GCUGCCUGGCGGCGGGGGAAUCCCGGGGCCGGUCCUGGGCGUCGGGCCGAGCGGCCCUUCUGCGCCCCGCUCUCCGCCUGCCACGCCGCGCCGCGGGAGGAGCUGCCGUCGGAGUGAGCGCCGGAGCCUCCCAGCCGAGGCAGGCCCGGCUUAGGCGAAGUGAUGCCACCAAGAAGAAAUGAGAAAUACAGACUUCCUGUUCCACUUCCAGAAGGCAAGGUUCUGGAUGAUAUGGAAGGAAAACAAUGGAUGCUGGGCAAAAUGAUUGGCUCUGGAGGAUUUGGAUUGAUAUAUUUAGCUUUCCCCACAAAUAAACCAGAUAAAGAUGCAAGACAUGUAAUAAAAGUGGAAUAUCAAGAAAAUGGCCCAUUAUUUUCAGAACUUAAAUUUUACCAAAGAGCUGCAAAAAAAGACCAUAUCGAAAACUGGAUAGAACUCAAACAACUUGAUUAUUUAGGAAUUCCUCUGUUUUAUGGAUCCGGUAUUACUGAAUUCAAGGGAAGAAGUUACAGAUUUAUGGUAAUGGAAAGACUAGGAAUAGAUUUACAGAAGAUCUCAGACCAGAAUGGUACUUUUAAAAAGUCAACUGUCCUGCAGCUAGGUGUCCGAAUGUUGGAUGUCCUGGAAUAUAUACAUGAAAAUGAAUAUGUUCACGGUGAUAUAAAAGCAGCAAAUCUACUGUUAGGUUACAGAAAUCCAGAUCGGGUUUAUCUUGCAGAUUAUGGACUUUGCUACAGAUAUUGUCCCAAUGGGAACCACAAACAGUAUCAGGAAAAUCCUAGAAAAGGCCAUAACGGGACACUAGAGUUUACCAGCGUGGAUGCCCACAAGGGAGUAGCCCUGUCCAGAAGGAGUGACCUCGAGACCCUCGGCUACUGCCUGCUGCGCUGGUCCUGUGGGGGGCUGCCCUGGGAGCGGAGCCUGCGGGACCCUGUGGCCGUGCAAACUGCUAAAACAAAUCUAUUGGAUGAGCUUCCUGAAUCAGUGCUUAAAUGGGCUCCUUCCGGAAGCCGCUGCCGUGAAAUAGCUGAAUAUUUGGUAUGUGCUCAUAAUUUGGCAUAUGAUGAAAAGCCAAACUAUCAAAUGCUCAAGAAAAUCCUGAACCCAGGUGGAAUACCUUUAGGACCACUGGAGUUUUCCACCAGAGGAGAGGGUGCAAAUGUGUAUAUCCCAAACAAUCAAAAAGUUGUUUCUCAAAAGGCUGCAACAAAGCAAGUCAAUCAGAUGCAAAAUAGGUUAAUAGAGAAAAACAUCCAUAGUGAGAGAAGUGCUGAGUCCUGCUUAACAGGGAGAAAAGUGCAAAAAGUGGAGCCACCGACUGUAAUGCUUAGCAGUGAGACAGCUCAGGAAAGCACAAGAAGAAGACAGAAGUACUGUAAAUCUCAAGAAAUUCUGAAUGAAAUAAAAAGUUCUCCACAACAAUCCAGCAGCAUACAAUUCCCCAAUUCAUUUUAUGAAUCCCAUCAAGAUUCUGCCAGUCCAGACAUAGUCAAUAAUUUGAGAUCUUCAUCUUGGUAUACAUAUACUUCUACAACUGGUAUGGAGAUAACAGACUUUACUCUUAGUGAAGAGAUGAAGGCAGACAUGUAUUACUAUGGCUUCAUCAUUCUUUUUCUUUUGACUUUAGUAUGUCUUGCUUUAUAUUUUCUAUGA